AAAACAACAAAAAGGCCCUUUGUUGGAUCAUCCGGCGUUCCGCCGCCAAAAACUCUCUGGGUGUGAAGCCCUCAUUGACCACAUCCGACUCUGACCAUUUCGUUGGGCGAGUUUGGCUCAAGUAUAGCAAGCAGUUUCUCGUCUUAGUCGGGAAGCUGAACUCAGAGCCACCCCACGAUGGCUGCAAGGAUAGUCACAUGUGUAUCUUUGCUUGCGUCCGCGACUGCUGGUGUGCCUGCUGAUCAGCUUCACUUGCCACACAAGUGGGUUCCAGCAGAGCAGUGUACCUUCGUCAAUCCCCCGGUGGUGCCCUAUUAUUGGGAUCCGACCUGCAACAGCAACGUCGUGUCGCUCGGUUGUUGGGCAGAUGGCGUUCACAACGAGUGCCGCUUCUGCGGAGAAGAACCCUACACAGGAAUACAUUGCCCAGAUGAUGCCAUUGUUCCAUACCGUAAGAGCUGUGAAUUUGACAAUCCGCCAAUCAACACCUACUUCUGGGAUGCGGACUGCAAAGACGGUGACCUGGGUUGUAAGGCCGAUGGCAAGCACCUUGGAUGUCGGUGGUGUGGUUUUGGAGAGUACUCCUCAAUCGAAUGUCCUUCAUCCUCAUGUACCUUUGAAAAUGAGCCUGUCACACCAUACUACUGGGACACCUUGUGUGAGAUGGGUAUGCUUGGAUGCUAUGCAGAUGGUAUCCAUGUGCAGUGCCGUUUUUGCGACUACCAGCCCUUCAACACAGUCCACUGCCCGCCUUCUGCACGGCCUGCGUAUCCAGAUGGUGAGUGCUGGUUUCCCUCAGGGACAGCACAAACCCACAAGUGGGAUCGGCACUGCAUGUGGGGCUUGCUUGGCUGCUGGGCGGACGGGGUGAAUCCCCAAUGCCGCUACUGCGGGCCUGGUUCGGGAGGGAUCUACGAGAGCAUCUCAUGCGAGCCAGAGCAGGUUGAGGACCUGGUGCUCCCGUGAGAUUCACCAUGGCUCCCAUGAGCCCUCAAGAGCCUGCUCGAUUUUGAAGAAUUCCUCCAAGGCACCAGAGAGUCCUCUUUUUGAGAAGGCCUGAAGUACAACACUCAGGCAAAAGUUUGGGCACACUGGUCUCUUUGGAGCUUGCAUGAACACGGAUGUAAUCGCGAGCGAAGGCCAUGUCCGCAAAACGGAACAGACUCUUGGCUCCCCUUUACAUCCGAUACAGCGUUGUGCAAGUAGGCAUUAAAGUCUUUUUCAUGAGCAGUGCCUCUGUCAAAUCUCUGUUUGAACAGCCUUGAACCAUCAGAUCCCUGUGAGAUAGUGAACCCGAUAUCCCG